CUACUGCUCAGAUUUAAUACUUUCUAGACUUGCUUAGCGAGUGCAACACGUCACGGCUCGGGAAAAGAAAUACAUCGAUCUGCUACACUACUUAUAUGAAUAUUAUUUCCUAUAUAUAUCAAAUACAAGUGCAUAAUGAGCGAUGAGGAGCGCCUUUCCCAAGGGGGCGAGGAGGAGGAACAGGAAAUCUUCGAUGACGGAAUGGAAUACACCGAACCCGGACAGCAAAAGGCCGACAAGCCUUCGAAAGAUGAAAAGAAUGUCGCAAAAUGGCUGAAAAAGAAUGUGAAGACAAAGAAAACGAAAUUUUUGAGUCAUAUAGUCGAGUACUUUACGUCGAGUAAAGCCAUCGAUGGGCUAAUGAAGUCAAAAUUCGCCGAGGGUGAUAAUGCACUAUUUAGCACACGUGAACAGGUCGUAGAGUUUUUGGAUGUUAUGCUGGAGCAUAAGUUUUUCCAUCGCGCCAAAAAGGUGCCCGUUACACUGGAAGAGCUGCGUAGCAAGUCGGAGAAAAAGUCCGAAACGACCAAAGCCCAGGAUAAGGAGAAAACUGAAACGACAGGCGGAAAGACCAAUGUAAAGUCCUCAUCAUCAUCGGAUAAAAAAGACACCGAUCCAGAGGUCGAUGGGGAUGCGGCCCAGGCUGCUACUACCGGCGAUAAAAAGGAGAAAAAGAAACGCAAAAUUCGUCUGGACAUGCAUCCAGAACAAAUCUUUGUCGAUGGCUCCGAGGCAUAUGUGUGGAUCUAUGAUCCGAUUCCUCUGCACUAUUGGAUCUUUGGCUUUAUAUUGCUUCUCGGCGCUGUUGGCAUUUGCCUGUUUCCACUCUGGCCGCCGAUGCUGCGCAAAGGUGUUUACUAUUUGUCGAUAGCGGCUGCGGGUUUCUUGGUGUUCAUUUUGGCUCUAACUGUCGUGCGUCUGGUUGUGUUUACCAUUGUGUGGGCUCUGACUGGCGGCAAACUGCAUUUCUGGAUCUUUCCGAAUUUGACCGAAGAUGUUGGCUUCUUUGCCUCCUUCUGGCCAUUGUAUGAGAGCAAUUACGUUAACGAUGCAUCCGCAACAGCAUCCGCCUCGAAGUCUGAUAAGAAAUCCAAAUCCAAGUCAAAGAAAAAGGAGAAAGACAGCGACGGCGAGGAGGAUACGGCUGUUGAUGCCGAUGGCGAUGGGGACGCUGACGCCGAUGUCGAUGCCGAUGCGGAUGCAGAUGCAGAUUUGGAUGCCGCACCCCUGGAGCCCGAGAAAAUUGAGCUAAUUAAGGAGCAUGAUGCCGACAUGGAGGUGCGAAAACGACGUAAAGUUGGUGCUGAUGAAUACGAGGACGAUGACGAAGAUCUGCCUGAAGGCGAGGAGAAGGAGCCACCGGCGCAAGCCAAGGACACCAAAGCUGGCACGCCGCGAAACUCGGAAUCGGAUUCAGAGAGCUCAAGCAAAGAUUACGAAAUAAUUAGUUCAAGUGAAGUGCAAAACGUUGCGGGCAACUAAGCGAAAACAAACUGUGGCAGCAGCAGUAAAACGAAACUCGGACAGAAUCUAUGCUUUACUGUAUUUAAAUCAACCACAUCCAAUUCUAGCUAAUUGAUAAGGCAAUUCAAACGACAAUUCACGUUGAUUCCAAGCAGAUUCAAACAUAUGUCGGGCUUUUCCAGGCAUUAAGCAAGCAGUCCAUAAAUAGAAAUUCAAAUUGUUUUCUUUGUAGUAAAAAUAUAUAUAUAAUUUAGUUCUUGAUAUUGUGCCUAAUGAAUUCCUACCAUAGACAGAAAUAUGGCCCAAAGCAUUUCGAUUUUGCUACUCUCUUUAAUCUUAUUUACGGCAUGAGCUCUCAAAUUG